AGCACUUUUGCAGCACAUGUUAAAACUGAUUUUGGCCCAAGGAAAUUCCUGAUCUGCUGGGUCCUACCAAAUGUUUACCUCUCAUUGUGUUGGUCUGUAUUCAGCAUGGUUUGAGAACUCACAUGGGUGGCAUCUGACCACAAGAAAGCCACUCACUAGACCAGAACUCUGCUCAGCACUGUGAGAAGGUGGACAAUGUGCACUGGAAUCCUGGGCAUAGCACCAAACCCCACUCUGGACAAGGUGGCUGCGGCAGAGGACACCAAGGGCCCUGCAGUGAUGCAGGGCCUGCUGAGCACACCCAACCCCAGCUCAUCCAUCUUGUCCCCACCAGCCCACACAAUGUGAGUCAUACCCUCAGGUACGGAAAUGAGCAAAUCAAAUGUGAAACAUCAUGCAAAGGGGAGCACGUGGCACCUGAUGGCUUGCAACAUAGCUCUUCUUUAAAAUGCCUGGGGAAGUUCCAGAGUGCGGGCAUGAGAUGGGAUGUAGUCAACCUGCAGUUAGCAAUGCAGUUAGUGAUGUAAGCCAAAAAGGUCCUCCCUGGAAGAGGGGCUGCGGCCCAGCUGUCAGCUGGGGAAGAGUGCAGAGAAAACAAGUCUCUAGUUUUGUGUUCAUGUCCUAGUGUAUAUAAUCUUCCUAUGUGCUACCAGGCUGAAAUCAGAGUGGUGUCAUGGUGUCAUGAAUGUCACGGCAAUGUUGCCGGAAACGCAGGCAGAAAAUACAUGCUGCAUUUCAUCUCUUGUAUGCCAGAAACCGUUCAUGAGAAUGUGGGAGCUGAGGGCUGAGGCUGUGGCCCUGCCCUGCCCGUAGAAAUCACAGCAGGGGACAGGCGCAAGGCCAGGCCGGCAGUGGGAAACGGCAGGUACUGAGCGCAAUUCCUCUCUCCUCCAUCCACCUCGUAUCUCGACAAAGAAAAAAUGACGUGCUACCCGGUUUUCUGGGGGAGAAUCAGGCUGCGGCAACAGCCUUCAUUCGCCGCAAUCGAUAAAAGCGAAGCAACGCCAAUCCGUGAGCGGCACGAGAGACGAAAUCUGCGCUGAAAAAAACACCCAGGGAAAAGCGGCACACUGUGAGAUUUCCCCACAGAGCAGAAGAACUACGUACGAGCUGCUCCACGCAGCAAUAGACGCGCACUGCCGUGCCCAUAGAAUCUAUCUGCCCCAUUCCUCCCCCCUGCUUCCCUCACCCCGGCGCGGCCGAGGCGGGGCGGGCCGGCCGUGACGCGUUUCCACCGCGACCGCUGGCAGCUGCGCGGCCGCCUGCAGGCCCCCAUGGCGGCGGAGGCGGCCGAGUACGAGGCGGGGGAGCCGCACACCUGCGCCUUCCGCGUGGGCGCGCUGGGCAGCGGCUGGCGGCAGUGCCUGCAGCCCCGAGACCUCUCGCUGGCGGCGGCGGCGGAGGAGGAGGAGGAGGAGGCUGCUGGGGCCGUGGCGGAGGAGCUGGGCUGCACGGUAGAGACGGUGGCCGAGCUGCGGGCCUUGUGCAGUGUUGAUACGUUAGUAUGUGCUGAUAAAGAGAGGGACCCAGAAGCGAUUCCUGAAGACAGCGGGCUGGAAACUCUUCGGUUUAGGAAGAAGGUGCUGCAGAGGCGAGAAGAAAGGAUCGUUGUGGAUCGGGCUUGCAGACAGGAAACGCUCACUUACGAGAUGGAGUCACACGCCGCUGGGAAGAGGCCGGACGACACAGCAGACCUGGUGGAGGAGGGAGAGCUGCUCCUAACUCUGAACGUCUUCUAUCCCGUCAUAUUCCAGAAGCACAAGGAGCACAAGCCGUACCAGACGGUCCUGGUGCUGGGCAGCCAGAGGCUCACUGAACUCAGAGACUCCGUGUCCUGUGUCAGCGACCUGCAGAUUGGCGGGGAGUUCAGCAGCGAGCCAGACCGCGCGCCAGAGCACAUCAGCAAGGACCUCUACAAAUCUGCUUUCUUUUACUUUGAAGGCAUCUUUUAUAACGAUAGCAGAUACCCAGAGUGCAGAGAUCUGAGCAGAACAAUUAUUGAGUGGUCUGAAUCUCGUGACAGAGGCUAUGGAAAUCUGCAGUCUGUCAAAAUGGAGGACUACACAUUCAAUGAUUUGUCCCUCAGAAUUGGCUUUCCGUACCUCUUCUGCCACCAAGGGGACUGCGAGCACAUCAUUAUCGUCACAGACAUACGACUUAUUCAUCAUGAGGACUGCCUGGACAGGAACCUCUAUCCAUUGUUAAUCAAGAAACACUGGUUAUGUACCAGAAAAUGCUUUGUGUGCAAAAUGUAUACAGCCAGGUGGGUAACCAACAAGGACAGCCUGGCACCAGAGGAUCCUUGUUUCUUCUGUGAUGUUUGUUUCCGAAUGCUCCAUUAUGAUGCAGAAGGCAAUAAGCUGGGAGACUUUCUUGCAUAUCCCUAUGUCGAUCCUGGGAUUUUCAACUAAAACUUACAUGAGCCAGAAUGGAUUUGGUGGGCUGCACUGAUAAAAGUGUUGCUCUAGCUGUUUAAACCACCAAGCAGCUUGGGCAUUGACCAUCGCAUAGGGUUUGCGGUUAGGCUUUUAUUCCUCUCCUCUGAGCAGGAAGGAGCCCUUUUGCAUUUGAAGUGUUUUUGGUGUGCUUUUACAAUCACAGAUAUAAGCUAGCAUGGAAAAAUAUGCUCAGAUGUAUAUUUUAAUAAAGUACAUUUUUCUAAUAUA